AUGGAUCAUAUUGGAGAACAAAUCUUGAUCAUUUUCUCAGUAUUUUUACUCAUUUUCUCUUCAUCAGCAGCAAAUCCUACUACUCCACUCAACUGUACAGACACCACAAGGCUAUGCACUUCUUUUAUAGCUUUCAAGCCCACGGCAGAGCAGACUCUAGCAGUGAUCCAAAGCAUGUUUGAUGUAUUGCCACAGGACAUAAGAAUUGAAGGCAAUGGGAGGAACUAUAUUUUCAUUAAAAAGAAUUGUUCUUGUUCUUCAGAUUUGAACGAGUACUUAACCAGUACUACUUUUACUGUAAGAGAAAACAAUGGUUCUGUGUAUGAUAUGGUGAUGAGGGCUUAUGAUGGGUUGGCCUAUUUUUCGUCGAAUGUCACACGGGAGGCAAGAAAUGGUGCUGUGGUGUCUUUGAAGCUUAUGUGUGGGUGUUCAAGUGGAUUGUGGAAUUAUUUGAUGAGUUAUGUGAUGAGAGAUGGGGAUAGUAUAGAGUCCUUAGCCAGUAGAUUUGGGGUUAGUAUGGAUAGUAUUGUGACUGUUAAUGGGAUUGCUAAUCCUGAUAAUGUCACUAUUGGGGCACUCUACUAUAUACCAUUGAAUUCAGUUCCUGGUGAGCCUUAUCCCUUAAAGAACGAUACCUCUCCAGCUCCUGUUCCAGCUCGCUCCAUUGAUAACUUUGUUGUAAAUCACAAGCCGCGGGUACAUUAUUGGUGGAUCAUUGGAAGUUUGGUUAUUGGAAGGUACAUUUGUUGCAAGUCCGGGGAAUUGAAGCAGCGAAAUGGAGAAUCUAGCAACCGUCAGAUGAACAUUCCUUCAGUUAUAGGGACUGAUGUCUUUGAUGUAGAGAAACCUGUGGUUUUCACAUACGAGGAAGUUCUUUCUUCAACGGAUGAUUUUUCCGAUUCAAAUCUUUUGGGCAAUGGAACGUAUGGUUCAGUGUAUUAUGGCCUGCUCCGUGACCAGGAAGUUGUGAUCAAAAGAAUGAAGGCUACAAAAACUAAAGAAUUUAUUGCAGAGAUGAAAGUUCUGUGCAAAGUUCAUCACACGAAUUUGGUAGAACUGAUUGGAUAUGCUGCCAGUGAUGAUGAACUCUUUCUUAUAUACGAGUAUGCUCAAAAGGGUUCGCUUAGAAAUCAUUUGCACGAUCCUCAAAACAAAGGUCAUACAUCACUCUCUUGGAUCAUGAGAGUUCAGAUAGCUCUUGAUGCUGCUAAAGGGCUGGAGUACAUACAUGAGCACACCAAACCCCAUUAUGUGCAUCGCGAUAUCAAAUCAAGCAAUAUUUUACUUGAUGCCAGUUUUAAAGCAAAGAUUUCAGAUUUUGGUUUGACAAAACUAGUCUCAAGAACCAACGAUGGAGAAGCUUCAGUUACAAGAGUUGUUGGAACGUAUGGAUAUCUAGCUCCAGAAUACUUGAGGGAUGGCCUGGCUACAAAUAAGAGUGAUGUGUAUGCAUUUGGCGUUGUGCUUUUUGAAAUAAUAUCUGGAAAGGAGGCCAUGAUAAAAAGUACUGAACGACGUUCACUGGCAUCCAUUGUGGUGGCUGCUCUGAGGAACUCACCUGACUCUAUGAGUAUGUCAAGCUUGAAUGAUCACAUUGAUCCUAAUUUGAUGGAUUUGUAUCCCCACGACUGUCUUUACAAGUUGGCUAUGUUGGCGAAGCAAUGUGUAGAUGACGAUCCCAUUUUACGACCAGACAUGAAGCAAGUGGUGAUAUCACUUUCACAGAUCCUAUUAUCGUCCAUCGAGUGGGAAGCAACUCUUGCUGGGAACAGCCAAGUCUUCAGUGGCCUAGUUCAAGGAAGAUAG